AUGCAUGUGACUGACUGGCUGGCUUCAGCAACCCAAAAAAGCACCAUCAGCCCCCUCAAAACCCUCUCCAAAGACGAGUCCGAGGAACAACGUGAUAAUGGCAACCAAGCCAGCAAAGAUCCAGCAUUGACGGGUCCGCAGACCGCGGGGAUGACGAGUGGUGUUUCGGGGGAGGUUGAUAAAGAUUUGAAGCCUGAUGCAGAGGGCAUCGAUGAAGAGGCUCGACGGACAAGAACGGCGCAGAGACUCGGGCCCGGAUCGGGAAUUGGUGCUUAG